UUGCUGAGGAGCGCUUAUCGGGCUCGCCUCCCCGGAGCUGCAGGAGGCGGGAGGUGGAAGGUGCAAGAGGCUGUACGGAAACAUCUUGAACGGGAAUUAAGUAUAAAUUGCGCCGUUUUGGGUCUUUUUUAAAAAAAAAAGACUAUCUGUAAAUAAAGACUGUACAUGUGGUUUCUGAUGGAAGCAAACGGUUUUGUGAGUGGACGUCGGAUGUCAGCUGAGACGCCAGGAGGGGACAGCGGGGUCACAGGCACAGGAGCCGGCGCGGGGAUUCGGUGGCUUGGCGGUGGGUUCUGGGGUGUUUCGGACGGAAUAUUUGGAAGUCUAUUACCGCGGGUCGGAGGGGACGCCGAUCAGCCGUUGCAGCUCCAGGGCACUCCGGAGGCCGCAGAUAUCCCCGACCCAGAUUACGAGACCCUGCCGAAUGGAGCCUCCACAAGCACCCACAUGUUAGCGGGAGCAGUGGCUGGUAUCAUGGAACAUUGUCUGAUGUAUCCUAUCGACUGCGUCAAGACGCGAAUGCAGAGCUUGCAGCCUGAGCCAGCAGCACGCUACCGGAACGUGAUGGACGCCCUGCGGAGCAUUGUGCGGACAGAGGGAAUCUGGCGGCCCAUACGGGGGUUAAAUGUCACAGCAACAGGGGCUGGCCCUGCCCACGCUCUCUACUUCGCCUGUUAUGAGAAGCUGAAAAAGACUCUGGGAGACAUCAUCCACCCUGGGGCAAACAGCCAUGUGGCUAACGGUGCUGCUGGGUGUGUCGCCACAUUACUUCACGAUGCGAUGAUGAACCCAGCUGAAGUGGUGAAGCAGAGGAUGCAGAUGUACAACUCGCCUUACCGCAGCGUUUUAGACUGUAUGAGGGCGGUGUGGCUAAAGGAGGGUGUGGCCGCAUUCUACCGCAGCUACACCACCCAGCUCACCAUGAACAUCCCCUUCCAGGCCCUGCACUUCAUGACCUAUGAGUACCUGCAGGAAACGCUCAACCCUCACAGACAUUACAACCCGACCUCGCACAUGGUGUCUGGAGCACUUGCAGGGGCUGUGGCUGCCGCCGCCACCACCCCACUGGACGUUUGCAAGACGCUCCUGAACACCCAGGAGUCUCUGGCUCUGCACUCCCUCAAUGUGAGCGGACACAUCUCGGGCCUGACCCAUGCCUUCCGGACGGUUUACAGGCUUGGGGGGGUCCCGGCUUACUUCAAGGGGGUGCAGGCCAGGAUCAUCUACCAAAUGCCUUCCACGGCCAUCGCCUGGACCGUCUAUGAGUUCUUCAAGUACUUCAUCAACCAGCACCAACAUGCGAAGCGAAAAGCACAGUGGGAGAGUGAAAAAUAAUCCCAAGAAGAAUCAUUAAAAAUAAAGUUGAAAGAAAAAAUGAAAUAUAAAUAGUUUUAUUGGGACUUUAAAACAAAAAUACGCACAUAGAAACAUGCAGAACAUUUUAAACGCCCCUCAGCCAGACAAAAUUAAGAUGUACUUUUAUCCUUAUUGUCCCAUGCACGAGUCUAGGUGCAGUAGUUAACUUGGACUCCACAAGGGGGCACUGUGGUUCUUCUCGUUUCACAUUCAAAAUACAGCUUGUAAAAAGUUUUAAGUUUGGUUUUAAAAUUAGUAAAGAAGGUGUAGAAAUCCCCUUUAGAAAUGUGAUUUAAGAAGAUAAACCUGGGAGUAAUAUAAUAAGUGAUAUAAUUGAGCUAACAGUGCAAAAGACAAUUAGCUUGUCUUCCAAAGUAAUACAUUCAGUUCUGCGCUUGCAUGAAUGUCAAGUAAGUUUAUAUAUUCCUGUCUUUUAGAACCGUUUGAGCUUCAGCUAUUGGGCACUAAAGAUAUGGGGACUGAGUAUCAGUUUUCAGCCCAAUAUAUGCCCUCCUACAUUUAAUAUUAAUUUUUAAACUACUGAAGAAUCACAGUGCAUGGCAGACAACGUCCUGCCAGCACACUAACACAGCAGGAUUUCACAGAGAACCGCUUGCUGUGGUGUCAGAAUUCUUGGUACUAAUCUCAUAACCAAAAAUACCACAAACUGCAGAUUUCUCUGAUUUUAAUGCUUCAGAGGCUAGAGAUCGUUGCCUUAACAUGCCUGCAUUAAGUGUUAAGGUUCUGGGCAUGAUACACGGCAUUGCCAUAGAUAAACAAGAUCUUCAUUCCAAACCAAUCUGCACAGAAGUGCCUUCGCACUGGAACUGGUUGGGGGGGUGAAGAAUUGGCAAUAUGCAUCAUAGCAGCAAAGUCUUUGGCACUGAUCACUAGUUCCAUUCUUAAAGCUUUCAAAAGUUUAAACUACUUAACCCUUGAAAUGCUGGAUUUAUACAUUACCCUUUUUUGAGAGGGGUUGGGUUCCUGUUUCAUUUAUUAUAUUUUAGUAAACAUAGUGUCACCUAUUCCUUAUAAAUCACUUAACUGCUAUGUGACAAGAAAUCAACAAGUGGAAAGGUAGAAUGGAUUCUUCACAUAACUAGAACCAUUUUUCCAUGGACUGUAAAAAAAACUGGUAUGGAAUUACAGGUAGAAGUCUUAUUUGUGUAGCACUGCAGUUUGAUUGAACCUGAGCUGUAGUUGUGUUAUGUUUCCAUAAAUCGCUGGGAUCUUGUUAACCUACGAUCUGCCGAUCCUUAAAGACAAUGCUGUAGUACUAUUACAGUGAGGCCACACCUUUUGUACUGAUGCCAUCCCAUUUUACAUUUUGCAAAGUCAUCCUUUUUUCUUUAAUUGACAGAAGUUGUUAGAUCUAUAUAUAAUUUUUUUUAUAAAAUAAUGGACUGUUAUGAAUUCCAGUUAUAACACUAUCUGUUCUUGCGAACCCCAAGAUGGAAUUAUAACUUUGGUAAUCGCUGUUUCCAAUCAAUUAUUCUAUGUGUACAGCAUUCCAAGGGUUAAUUAAGCAGUAUUAGUAAACCAGGUCUGUGCGUCAUUGAUUUUUGUCUGGUUGCCCUGUAAUUGUCAUUUGUCAAUAAAAAUGGUGGCAAGCAGUUGCUUUAUGGGGGCUUUCUGCUGAAGUUCAA